AUGUGGAGUGCUUUUGUGAACGGCUCAGGGCUGCACGGCGGGAGCAGUGCUGGUGGGGGCUAUGUCCCAUCUCAGGGAUGGGAGUUCGUGCCGUGCUCCAGGAUAGAUAGGGCCGAUAGGGGCAGGAGGAAAAGCCGCAGCCCCCUGAGGAGGAUCUCCUCUCCGCCCACCGUCUUCAGUCAGAUCUACGAGCCUCAGUUCACCGCUGCUUCACCGGGUGUUGGAGGUGAAGGUGGUGCAGGGACACAGCUUGAGGUCCUCGGAGGACAAAUGUGGCCUGGUCAUGAACCCCAGCAACAACAGCAAACACAGCUCACGAGGCUCAAAAAGAAAAUUGAGGAUUUAAAGAAGCGGCACGUGCAGGAUAAAGAGGAAUGGACGCGCGAGAAGGAGUCAUUGUUGAGAGAAGUAGCUGACUUACAAGUAAUUAAAAAGAUGCGUUUGCAGUGUAGAAGCUUAACGUGGUUCUGUGUGAGCCUUUGGUGCCUCAAAGGUCCUCAUUUCAUGCACUUUGCUCAACAAAUAGUGGAGUGGAGUUAAUGUACAGUGGGUUGUCUGGAUACUGUGUGAAUGCUGUGUGUACUGACAGAUUAACGUUGUAUUUAGAAAGUCGUAACGUUAUAAAAAAUGCAAACAUCUGUUGAAAUUUUCCACUUUUGUUUCUCAAACUGAGAUCCUGCAAGCAUGAUCCCUUAACUUUACAUAUGCAAGUUCAUUUGACACAUUUUAUGAUUGCUGCCAAUUUUAUUCCCAUUUAGGGAGGGGAAAACAGGAGGAUUCUGCUGGACCUGAAGACAGUAUUGGAUGAAGUACAGGUGGAGGUGAAGAGAGAGGAGGAGAAGAGGAGCGAUCUGCAGCUGCAGUACACCAGAGAUAGGUGUUCCUGGGAGCUGGAGAGGGCUGAGCUCAAAAGCAGGAUUGCACAGGUAACAAAGGAAGGAUGACAACAAGGAUGUGGGGAGGGGUUUGCGGAUUUAGACUGUGCCCAAUUGCAUCUGCAAAUGAACAAAUCAGAUACAGUGAUUUUUUUUUUGUGAGCUACGUAUGUACCUCAAAUGCAGCUGUAUAUGUACUGAGUGUGGGGGCUUGUGUUUGCAGGUGCAUGCUUUUUUCAGGGAUUUACUUCCAGAGUGACUUAUGUCGUUUAACAGGACGGCAUACAAAACCUUUCACCUAAAGGAUGUUUUAUUAAAAUCUAUAUUUUACAUCUAAUACCUCAUGUCUGUGCCUGGCCUCCAGUUUGCUGUAAAUUAGGCUCAUCACUUUUGCCACCCACAUGGCAGGGUGAUAAGUCACCCUGGCAUCCACCCAACUUAAGCCUUCAGCUUAGACAAAAGAUUUGCACCAAGGAGACAAACAUAGUUAUCCCUGCUCAGCCCUAUGGCUCAACCAGACACCCAGACACAGACAUGAGCUUGGCUUUUUUCAUCCAUUUCAAGGUAGAUGAAAUAUUAACCCACAGAUAGCUACUGUUAGCAUGUUUAUUGAAAUAGUACGAAGUGAAGAGUUAAGUUUGCAUACCAGUGCCAUGCUGUGUCAGACAUUGCACGGCUCACUUAAAAGACCAUGAAUGGACGUUCUUCAAAGCAAAGCAGCCCUGGGGAUUUAACAUUUUUUCCUGCUUAGAUCAGAAGAUGGAUUUGUACGGUAGACUUCAAACCUGAGAGGACUUGCUUUUGAUACUGUGACUUUAGCUGCAAGUUUGAUAUCUCAGAAUUUUCUCUGUGUUUUGUUUUUUGCACUGUUUUGACGCCACUAUCUCUGUCUGCCAGUUGAGCCACUUAUGAUUCCUAUCAUACUUUAAACUGAUUAGUCAUGCAUUAACCCAUCACACAGCUCUCUUUGUUUGUGCCCUGCAGUUUCAAGAAAAAAAAAACAAAUGAUUCUUUAAGUGGAGCAGAAAGGAACAGAAAUUCUAUUAUGUGGUGCUGAAAAUUAACAAGGUGGUGCUAUGUUACUGCAGAGCUUUUGGAAAGAACUGCUGAUGACACAAUGACAUGGGAAUGCAACGUAGUAACACGGUUUUACCACAUCACACACACAUGGAUGGUUUAAUGUGUGAGUAGAUGGCACUACUGCCUUACUGUGUAGCUCUUUUCUUUGUCCUGCUGGCUCUGUGCCCUCUCCCAGUGUGGAUGACUGAGAGCCAUAUAAAAACAGACAUUUACUGUUCUGUUUUGUGUUUGUAAAGCACAGUUUGCAAGGAGAUUUGCAAUGGAAGAGGCUUACUCUACUGCUGGAGGCUCUAACAUGAUGCCGCACACACACACACACACACACACACACACUGAUGUUAAUGCCAAGAUGCUGGUGUGAGGCUUUUGUGUCAGCGCCUCUUGAGAUACUCAUCACGUCUCGGGGCGUCGCCAUUCUGCAGAAUCAGGCAUAUCAGGUUGAUCCUGGUCAGGAGAGAUGUCUUUGCAUUUUGGUCCUGUAGAUUAUUGUCAAAGUGCGUCUGGACCAUUUGGAGUAAGCGUACAGUAGUUUUGAAUAUAACAUGUAACCUCAUUCAGUGACAGCAUCUCUAAUUAAAUCACACAGACCAACAUACCAAAGGAAAUGUGACUUAGAGUUAGGCCAUGCAAGGCGGAGUUAGCUUUGUUUUUAAAGUAACUUAGUCUUGGUACCGCAUCCUGCCACAGUUAUAGCUUUGGUUACAUAUUUAUAAAGGAUUAAUCUAGGGCUUUUAACUUUGGUUCAAAACAAAUUGAGUCUAAAUUUUUGCCGUUGGGUCAUCAAUUGACAUUGAUAUAUUUGUAGGCUUUUGACAACCUUUAUUGAGUCAUUGGGAGCAAAUGUGUAACAACCCAUAUCUUGAUUUCGGUCUGACAGUGGACCAUAAACUGUAAUUUAAUCUAAUCAUAAACAAGACUGUUGAAACCUACUUUGAUUGUCCGGCUUUAGUAUUCUGUGGUUUGAAUUCCAAAUAUAAUGCUACAUACAGAGAAGACAGAGAUUAUCCUGAUGAUCAGAAAUUUCUAGUUCACAAUCCAGAUGUGGGCAGCAGUUAAUAGUCCUGUUGAGGUCCACAUGGAUCAGGGAUUGACCAUCGGAUUGUUCUGUGUUACUAAUAAAUCCAUAACCAGGAAGUUUUUUUCAUCUACACAAACUAUUAAACAGUCAGGAGUCCGCAUAAGAGGCUCUGUUUUCGUGCCCGCCAGCAGCGCAGCGGAGGGUGGCGCACUCUGUGCAGUAGUAUUUUCAUCUGGCAGAGCCCGGCCCUCAGUCAGUUUGGUAUUUUCAUAGGCUGAGGCACACCGAGGUGCGCCAGGCUGGGCGUGGUGACGCGGUAGGGGGAGGUAUCGACAGAAUCAGCUGGUGCAAUGACAUUUUCUUGCCCGCCGGCGACAUGGAAAGUGCGCUGAAAGCUUGCCGAUUCAAACCUGGUCAGCUUUUAGCGCAGGCAAAGCGGAGCUGGUCUAGUGGUAUUUUGGUAGACUAGUGGCAUAGUGUGCAUACAUCACCGGGGCCUCACCUACAGGUUUCCACGGUGUCAGGCAUAUUUUAGUGUGAUAAAUAAUCAACAACAACUAAUAUUUAGGUGCAACUAUCUGAGUCAGCACAUACAUUUAGAUCUAUAUAUCGAUUUAUUGAGCACUAUGAGCACAUUUGGCACGCAUUUGGACACUCAACCUGACCGAAUUGACACAACUAAAACCGCAUACCAAAUUAUAUACCAACAUUAGUGAAAGAAAGAGCCAGGCCACGGAGCGUGAUGCAUCCUUUAUGCACAGGUGAUUUUGAUUUUAAUGCCAUUAUUGGCAUUUGUUUAUGUUGUGAUCUGUGCGCACAACCCACUUUUGUCAUGUGGGGUUUAAAUAUUUGCAACUUGAUGUGAUUGUCCUUAUUUGUGGAAACGGAUGUUUGUCUUACCGGUGGGUCCAACAUUACACACACCAAAUCCCUCUGUGCUUAUUUGAGAGAGUGUGGAGGACGCCCUCUGCAGCACUUAGAGCGACACUUGUUGAGGGGCUGCCUUCUGUUGCCAUCAUGUGGCAUUGCUGUCUUCAGACAUCUCUUGAUGUCUUUGGGUACUUCAUGAAAAUUGUAAUACGCCUCGCCGGUAGCGCAUUUAAAGGUGAGGAGAGGAGCUGAUGUGAUGGGUGAAAACAGGACUUAACUGUGUUAAACCCACCCGAUGCCUUAUCCCCUCCCUCUCUGCUACUUACGCUGCUGGGAGGAGCUGGGUUAGGGAGGGGGGAUACUUACGCUGGACUGCGCUGCUCACCAAAAUACCAAAGGGUGCUUGGGCACGCCUCAUCAGCGUGGUAGACCUGACUUUCUCUGCACCUGUGCCAUGCCGUCGGUGAGAUGAGGAGCGCUGAUUUGAAAACAGUUGCAGAAUUGAUAUCGGAUGUGUAGGGAAAGCUCAGCUGAACUCCUCCUUGCAGUCCUCCAUGAUCAACUUGUCAAUAAACCACUGCUAACUAAUGUGUGUUAAGUAUUGCACUCAGUAGGAAGAACUUGACAGCAGCAGUUCAACAAGAGAGAGCAGGACAGAACAAUGUAGAGGAUUAUCUGAGCAGCCAAGUGUUUCAUUCAAACCUCAUGUCAGGAAAUGGAAUAAGUGGAGGACAUUAAAUAACCUCGGUCAAGUGAAUUGGAAUUUUGAGGUUAUUUAAAAUCAAGCAAAGAUGACCUUUCAUUCAUUCUUAUCAAAGAGUCCGGUUAUAUUCACUGUAUAGAACACUACACAAUAGCUUUAAAAUCAAGUGCCAUACAUCAAAUGUCAUGUCUUUUUUUCUGCUGUUUAAGCUAGUUGACAUCACUGCAGUAGAUAUUUUAUUGGUUAGGAACUGCAAUCUGAAGCUACAAACAGUGAGGCCCAGCCUUACAUUACCAUGUACUUAUCAUACCAGGGAUUUGUAGUUAUCACGGUCAGCGAGAUGUAUAAGCAUCAUAACAUUUGUAGCAUAUCAACAGUUGCAUGCCUGUUCUAUUCCAGUGAUUUUAAUUACACACCGUGAGCUAUGGCUGUGAAUGGAACUACUGUUGUUUCCACAUCCUUCUUGGGCACUCCUACCACCAAAUACCAAGCAGUUAUCCAAGGUCCCAGGAAGAAGUCUAAGGCCGGAUAUUUCUAGGCGUAUUUCUCUGCAUGCCACUGAUUUAUGAAAGCUGCUGGCAGCUAGGAGACAUCUCACUGAUCUCACUGUGCCUGAGCUGCCAAUUCCCCUUCUUCCCUUUACCUCACCCCACCCCCCAUCUCCUCCAUCUCCCCAAGGAAUGUGACAUUGUACAAGGCUCUGCGUCCGCUAUUUAUAGUGGGUCACCGUGGUGACACAGUUACCUUUGCAUACCCUGUGUCAUACUGCAACAGACAGGGUGUCCAAGGGUGGAAGGAUAUCGCUACUCAAGCUGGAUUUUGAGUUCUGACUGAGUGUGUCUAUUUACAUGCACAAAUUUGUUAUGUUGUUCCUGUUGCUGGCUAAAAAGAUGAUGACCCCGUUUGCAAGAUUGGUCCUGCCAGACUUUUGGAUUGAAAAGAUUUUUCAUCGACUGUCUCAGUCUCUGAAAAAGGAUCUCCAUCCUUCUGUUUUGACCCCAACCCUUUGUUAUAUUCACUUUCACUGCUUGUUUACAUUCAGAAGUCUAAAAAGACUGUGGACUGCACCCAUCAUCAUCCAUCUGUAAUUGUGGUUAACUCUGGGAAAAAGCCUCAGACAGACAAAAAGAGUCGAUUUGUUUUUUUUUCUAAACCAUCAUUUCAUGACCCCAGACCACAGGCAGAAAUAGAUCCAUGACCAGGGCUUGUAAGAAGGCUUUGGUCGCUGUCUGUGACUGAACACUGAAAUAACACACAGGCAUGCUUGUAUGCAUUCUCUCCCUCUUUCCAACACACACACAGACAACACAGACAACACAGACACACAGACGUACACACUAAGGCACAAGUAUAUAAGCACAUGCACAGGCGUUGUCUUGGGCCCUUUCCAGCCCCAAAGCCAACUUUUCUUUCUUGUUUACGAGCAAAAGAGGGGAAGAAAUAUGCACAUUUUCCCCACAGAAUGUACAGAUCUCUGAAAAAACAGGCCCUAAAUCUUCAACACUAUAAAUGACUAAAGUUUAAAUCUAAUAUUUCAGACCCUUCAAGUGAACCCUGUCUUGUUCAACCUAAAGUGGGGCAUUGUUUUGCAUCAUUUCUUGGCAUCCCUGUUAAAUGAAAACAUGUUUUCGGCUAAGGUUUUUGGCUCAGACACUGAAUUUUCAAGGGUAUUUCCCAGGGUUUUUCAAGUAAAAAGGCCACGAGUAUGGGCACACAGUAACAUUCCCCUUCAAAUUGUCCAAACAGCCAAUUAAACCAAACAGCGCUGGCUCUUUGUGGGGUCAGUGUUGGAAAGGGUUGGAAGUUUGUCCUGUUUGCGUUGAGAUACCCUUGUAUCUAUCUGUUUUCAAACAGUCUUGCUCUGGUCCAGACUGUGGACUUCAGGUUCUUGUAUCCUCUGCAGACUCAUUGUGCUGUGUGUUAACCUGCCAUUUCCUGGUCUGUAUCCUGUGUUAAUGAGGUUCUAUAGGAAAGAAGCUUGAACCCUGAACCUGUGAACCUGGUGUCAGUCCUUACAGGAUAUUUCAUCUCUCAGCCUUGUCUGCUUUCUCCCUCUUCCAGAAUAUGAACCCACUCACACUUGUCCCCCGUGGUGCAUUAUUCUCCCACUUUCCUCAACUUCUCUUCCUGCCACUCCCUCAUUCUCUCAAUUCCUCUUUUAACCGUUUCUCCCACUCCUGAUUUGCUCCUAUUGUCAUCUGGCUUUUGGACAAUAUAUCUUGCAUCACAGCUGACUGUUUUCUCUUCUGUCUCUCCCACUCCUUCCCGUUCCAUUUCCCUGCUCCCCUUUCUCUCCUCCUCUGUGCCCUCUACACUCCCUGUCUGUUUCUCUCUCUUCAGUUGGAGGCUAGAGAGGGUGUUGGUUUGGUCAGCGGAGGGGUCCAGGCAGCAGCGGGUCCUGGAUCUGCGGCGGCACGGAGUGUUCGAGAACAGCACGGUGAGACCCCAACGCUUCGCCGGGAGAGGGAGGAGCAGCGAAGGCUCCUGGCGGACACACACUCAACAGCAAUGGACCUGCGCUGUCGCCUGGAGCACAAUGAGAGAGACUGGUCGAGAGAGAAAGCAGAGCUGCUGGAAAGAUUUGAUGUAGAGAGGAGAGAGUGGGAGAGCCAGCUGAAGGACAUGCAGAGGAAAAUAGAAGAGGUAAAUGUUCUGCAUGUAUGUCUUUGGGAAAAUAAAACUGCAUGUAUUGAGGUUUGGUACAUUUGCUUUUGGUCGAGACUGAUUUUUAAUAAGCUUAAGAACUCAAGAAAACAAAGACCCUUAAAAGUUUGUAACAGCACAUCCCUACAUUUCUUAAUGUAUGAUAAAUGGCUUCCCAAGCUCUCCUUACCCUGUAGUGUGUAAUAUCUCCCUCCUACACAUCCUGUUCAGCAUCAACCCUGGUAAAACAUGAUCACUGAUCAGUACAGCUGCAGAGAGCCAGCAAAGGAAGGAGUGGUUCUGUAGCUCUUCUGAUCCUUCUACAAAGGCAGUGAUUGACUCAGACAGAGAAUCUGGCAACCCACAUUAACAAUUAAAGCAAUACCUCUUACAAAUGACCAUUUUUGUGUCUAUUCAGCCCUGAGAAGAAAUUGAAUAAACAUAAGAGUAAAGCUUUGGAAAAGCAAAAAUUUAUCAAUGAAUAAGCCAAGUAUUGAGAAGAUUAUAAAGUUAUAGUUGCAGUUGUCAUGCUAUAAAGGUGAUGUUAUGUGAUCCUAAGUGUCUGUGAAAUUAUAUAUGGAUAAAAAAGGGAUGCAAUCAAAGAGAGAGAGAAAAGCAGGUCCUAGAGAGAGUACAAAGUUAAGAAUGAAACAGUUUAGCAUGGGUGGUGACAAAGCUGAAGUCAAAUGCUGACAUGCCCAAAGGAGCAGAUUAGUGUCUUUAGUGAGGGAAACCAUAGACAUGUAGUUGUUCAGAGCCUUAAGGCUCCAGAGCUGCUAAGAAAAGCACGCAGAGCUCUGGUUUGUCCUGUUAAACGCAGUAAAUGAGAAGAAAACAGCAGAGGAAUCAAGCUGGCUGACAAGCAGUAGUCAUAUAGACAUGAUCUGAGAGGGGCCUUGUCAACAUGAAAUAGUUCCUAUUUUAAGAUUGCGCGAGGCCAGAGGUUAUCCAGUUUUAUUGAAAAGAAUUCUUUGAGUGUUUUUCAUCCUCUGUGGUCUAAAUGUGUUGUAAGAUGGGAUGCUGUGCCACCUGGUUUGACUCUUGAGUGUGCCAUGAUAAUUUAUGAUUACACAGGAGCAAUAGAUGCAGAGAAGUAUUGUUAGUAAGAUCAUUGAACACCUCCAUUUUUAACAUGGUUUGAUCUCCUCCUAACUAGGGCUGCAUGAUUACUUGAUUUUAAAUCCUAAUUGGGUUAUUUGAUUAUGACGAUGUUAAAAAAAUGUAGAUAGGGCAAGAGCAAGUCGGUCGUGUGGAAUUAGUACGACUUGGCAGUUUCGGACAAAGAGCAAACUACUCCCCCGCUGCAAAAUCUGUCUGAAGGCGGUAUCAACCCGUCCACAGGGAAACAAAUUCCAGAGUGAACGGCAAAGUGUUUUGUUGUAUCGGCGUUUCAUCCACACGGACACAGCGUUUCAGGUGACUGUAAAUGUUACUUUUUGAAAAUGGGUCAGAGAGUGCAUAAAUCUGUAAACGACUACCAUUUCAUCUCUGUGUGGAUGCCUAUCUGCAUCUCUCCUAAAACGAUUAUAUCACACACAGCCUAACUCUUUUAUGGAGCCUGCACGUGUCCAGCCAAAACAACCUUUAUACACACGCGCUAUACUCUUUUUCUGGCUUUUGUGCAUUUCCUGUCCAGCGUUACAGCACCACUCACUGGCUUGGCAUAUGUAAAACAUCAUUUUCUGUAGCUUCGUUUGGAGAAAUGAUUGAAAACCUUUUCAUUUUUAAAGUGAAGUUUGUCGAAGUUGUCACUGAAUAAAAAAUGAAAUCGAAAAUCGAGUUUUCAGAAAAAAAAAAAAAGGGAUUUAAUUUUGGGUCAAAAUUGUGCAGCCCUACUCCUAACCUUCAACUCUGAAUCCUGCAUUUUACCUUAAUGAAAGCACUGAGUUUCAGUACCAGAGGUAAAGAGAUAAUGUGGGUUUGGGAUCACUGUGUUUCUUUUCACACAGUGGUCAUAAGGUUAAAGACUUCAGUAGAUCUGCCUGUAUGGGCUCACCAGCUGAGGUGUUUAAAAGACUGAGCAUAUUUGUAGUAAAUGUACAGACAGAGGUAAGAAUUUAGGUAUAAGAAGAGGAGCCAUCCAGUUAUUUUGUCCAGACCUGAUUCAUUCAUUAGACUGCCUUUUUACAGAGCUUCUUCAACUGUAGUUACAAGAUUCCUUAGAAGAUGUGGCUUAUUUAUUUCUGCCAGGAUGUGGAAAGAAAUAGGAAAAGUUUCGAAUGAAAUAGUUUUACGGUAACAGAAACAUUUGUCUAAUUUGUCUUUCAGUCAUAACAAUCUCUGAAGAGUAAUUUGAAUAUUUUGAUUUAAAUAAUUGGUACACAUUGUUUGUUUCCUUUUUCUAGCUGUACUGUGAAGUGAGAGCAAAACGGGAGGGGACUGGAUUAAUCAGCGGGAGGCAGGACCACAUGAAUGCUGCACAUCGGCUGAGCAUACGUUCAACCAGCACAGGCUCCAGUCUGCUCAGUGACAACUCUCGCUCGGAGCCGUUCAGCAGCAGCAGUCAAUCUGAGACCAUCAGACACUCGCCUUUACCCGGUUUAAGUCACAGCAGUGCUUGUACUGGCUCAGACAUGGAGCACUCGACAGUGUUUCAAGCAGACGGCCUCUGUGAAUUACACAUCGGUGGCCUGUACCCUCAGAUCGGCAAGUCACAUCCUGAGUUUUCUGAUGAGCUUAGACCCAGAGGCACUUGGCAGCAGGACUCAGUCACUGAAAGCAAGGAAGCUGUGGAUACAUCAGAGCUGGAAGCUGUCUAUAACAGAACUUCUGGAUGUGGAGUCCCACAGAAAAAUGUCCCCAAAGGUACUGAAAACAAAGUUCUUGCGAGUUCUCAAGACGGUCCUCUGUGGGCAGAGCUGAGUUAUGGCAGCGACAAGAAGAAGAACAACACAGCUCUUAACGCUGUGAGUAUUUCAGAAACUUCUCCUCUCUCUAAAUUAUAAAUAUUCAUACAGAGUAGACAAAGUGUUGGUUGUCAGUUCUUACUUUGCUUUCGGUGUCGCUGACAAUGACACACACUUUGUUUGAUCUUCAGCGUUCUUGCGACGUGUCCUGCAUACCCAUAUUUGUCAUUCUGCUGUUUCUUAGAAUAGAUGAUCCCUUUUUUUUUUCUGCCUCAGUUUUAUUUUUGCAGAACUAAAGUGAUAUCUCCCUCUCCUCCUCUCGGUGUUUUAGGCUCUGCAGGAGAUAGCCCGUGUGAGUGAAGAGCUUUGCAGCUACCAGGAUGAGAUCAGAAAGAAGAGUGGGGAUAAGAGGUGCAUCAAUCCUUUUGCUCUGUUAACUUCUUGGCGCCAAGUGGGAACUAUGAUAAUCACUCCACCUGUCAUGUCUAAAAGCACGUAUUGUUAAUAUCACCAGAGCCAUGUUUACAUUUGUUAGUGAAUAAUAAAUCGUACAUCUGUAAAUCUAAUAACCUGAGGAACUGUUUCUGUUUGUGAUAAAAUGGUACUAAAAAGGUUCAUGAACUUUGCUGCUGAAUUUCCUCCAGGAGCCGAUCUGGAUCCUUGUGUCUACCUGAGGAGGGAGAGAAGCUGUGCAGUCGUGAUAAUGCCAGACUGGUGGUGGAUGAAGCUCCCUGCAACCUCGGCCAGAUUUAUGAUGACCUUCGAGCACUGGAGAGAGAAAACUGGAUCACCUUGAUACCGGAUAACACCUGGAAGGCUAACAGAGGGUUGAAUAAAUCCUGGGGGGAGGACACACCUGAUCCAGACAGCUACAGAGACACCCAGACAAGCCCCGGAGAACUCUCUGAUACUGAUACAGCAGCUCCACCCGUCCCUCCUCGUGUCUCCUCCAGGAAUCUGAAUACUCCCAUCCAUCUUGACACAGAACUUCAUAUCCCAGAUUCCCCCAUGACAACAGCAAGGAGAUGCCACAGCCCCUGUGUUUUGGUGGACAGAAAGUGCAGCAGCCCGUCUAUUGUGAGGAAAUUUGAGGCCAUGCUGCAGGAAAAUGAAGGAAAAGUUUUGAUAGACGGGGCGGUGGCCUCCUGCGCUGUACCUGCUAACUCGAACUGUAACCUGGGCUGCUGCCACAACCGCUGGUCAUGUGAUGCAAGCAAGUUCACCAGCAGCAAGCUGUCUGCAUAUGGGACCGUGCAGAAAAGCUUCUCUGAAGUCAGCAUAUUGACUGCAGGGAAGGGUUUGCGCUCAGAUUACAGCCCUGGUGUCAGGAACUUAAAAGAGCUCCAAAUGCCCCCGGUUGUGAAAGAUUUACCUGUAGAUCUGCUCUUGUCCUCUUUGGAGUUAUCCCCCGCCAGCCUUAACCAGUUUGGCUCAAAAAGAAACAUAAUGCUGGAACAAAAAACCGCUGAGUUCAACAGAACUUUGUUUCAGGCAGAGAUGGGCCGUGCUGCAGAGGAACAAGACAGCUUUGGUGUAACAGAUGUCUGCUCUGCAGGAUACACGCCGGUCUUUCUAGCAACUAGUGUGUCACAUGAUGUUUUACCUCCCAGGGACGCAACAUUUCAGCAACACUGUGAUGACGUAACCACCAGCGUCAUCACCUCCGACUCUAAGAUCCAGAGUCCAGAAUUUCAAAUCAGGCAAAAGAGGUGUAGUCUUGAGGGUGAGGAGGUCAGUACAAAGCAGGAAAUCCCCUCUGACUUUUCAUCUCAACGGCCACAAAUGGGACCGAGGGAGGCAGCCACAACAACAACUCCUGAGAGUCCCGCUCUCCACAAUGAAGUCAAGCGCAAAGUCCGGACAGCAAGCAGUCCUUCCAGGAAAACACAACACAGAGCAGCCACACAGGCUCCCUUUUCAGAGCCUGCAAACACUCAGCCAGGUCAGGAUGUGGACGCUUCCAGCUCCAAGAGAGAGAAUCUCUGUGGACAGAAGCCUCAGCCAGCCAGAGUCGGUGGAUCACUCCAGCAGCUGUCUGCUGAGAACAAACAAAGACAGAUGACAGAGCCUGGGCACCAGACGCAGCCAAAGUAUGUCUCUGCCCCUGCUAACCAGUAUGAGUCAACCAGAUCCGGACCACGAAUGAUGAAUGAGCAUCCCUGGAAGCCCCUCACUCUGGCUGCAUACCCACGCCCUGAGGGAUCCAGGUCCAACUAUGGGGCAGUGGAAAGGAUUCUUAAGAGUUAUGAGAGUGCUGCACGAGAAAAACAGAACCAGAGCCAGCAGGACGGGAAGUCAGUAAGUCCGAACAUCAGUGUCGGGCAGGAGGAUAAAGUCACAGAACUGGACAUGCUGGACAUGGACCCACUGCCCUUACCCCCCACCUUGAAACACACACACACUUCACACACCUCUAAGAUACACACCACACAUGCAAGACUCAGCAGCCCCACUACCAAGGGUGUGAAAGAGAUCCAUCUAAGUGUGCAGGUGAGUGGAGUCUGAUAUGUUCACUUUUUCAGACAUCAGCACCUGUCUUUCCUUCAGCGUUAACAUUUAAAGGCAGUCCCCUUGAACAAAAAAUACUCUUCACGUUUUGUUUAGAAUAAAAUAAAUAAGUCAGCUAUGUUUUGAUGAGCUAUUACACCAGUGGCUCUGGAUGAACUUGCAGAUUUCAUUCCUGUUAAUUCCAUUCUGAAAGACUAAGCGAAUGCCCUUGACUGAGGACAGCUCCGGUGGGAAUGUUGUUUAUUUCUGGUAUGUGCGAAGAGACAGAAGCAGGCCAAAGCUUCCAUUAUAAUCUGGGCAUCUGGGCCACUCCACUGCUUAAAGGCUCCUGACAAAGGGAAUUGGUUGUGUGGUGUAUAAUGUUUAAAUUUGGCAGGAGGUCGAUCACCCUCAUCAGACUGCCUUUCAUCUUUCCGUCCUUCCACAGGGCCUCAUAGUGGAAGUGUCUCUGGCUUUUUGUGUUGUAAUUACAGAAGUAUCUGCAAGGAGCCAGCUGACUUCAUGCCCUUGGCAGAGAAAUGUGGAGUGAUUAUGCAGCCUUUAAAGUCAUGCAAAUGUUAAAGAAAUUGCGUGGGCAAUUAGAGAACCAAUUUCAUCUGACCUCACGAAAAGAGUGCAAUCAGAGCACGACUCAAGUUUCUGCUUUACCAAAGAAAACUGUCCUAAAUGAAAUGCUACAGAUUGUGGAGUCUGGCUAAAGCGUAUCCGAAGUGCAGCAUGUGUGAAGUACUUUGGUCCAGAUGCUUUUCUCUUGACCAAAUGGAGUUGAAUCUACUUUUGUGACUUUUCCACAUGAGCAUCCUGAAUUUAUUAGCAUCCCUGUUGUUUCCCCCAGGGUCAAGAAGACCACAGAUGGAACACUUGACAAAAUGUAAAGUAUCUGAGUGUGUGACUUUGGUUGUAGAUAGAACGGUGUGAUCAUCCUAAAUGUUAAUUCACUUGUUUCUCCACAGGAGGAUAACCAGUCCUCUGUCUCCUCUUCGUCCAUGCAGAAGAACUUCUUAAGGCCAGCCCGUCCAGCCAACAGACGCCUCCCCUCCCGAUGGGCCAGCCGCUCCCCGACCUCUUCCUCUGCCUCUUCCUCUCCCUCUAGUACCCCUGUUGUGCCUCCAUCCUUCCCUGUUGAGAAAAGCACUUCCUCCUUCACUUACUCACAUGCCUUUCACAUAGAGACUGUCAUCAUCUGA